CCUCACUUCAUUCAACACUCUACCUCUUCUCGGUUGGAAGUAUUCCAUCCGUUCAUACUCCAUCUCAGCAACACAUAAACCAAGUUACGUAGCGUAUCUGGAGUUAUCUCACUCUCAAAGAUAUUGACAAUCAAACUAAACACAAUCAACGUGUGAAAACACAUGUGACCAUAGCAGCAAAAGAAGCUGGAGCAUCUACCUUCUACUCUCCCCAACCAGCUCCCAGGUGGGACUGAGUCUGCAUACAUACAUAACAUACCACUGAUACAAUCAUCACUAAGCCAUCGGCGAACAAGAUGUGCAUCAUUGAGUACCUGGGCUAUGCCUGCGGGCACAGCACCGUACACGUGCAGCGCCCCUGCCCCCUCACCACCCAUCUCCAUACCAAUCCCGUCUGCCCCAACCCCGCCGAGCGCCCUACGCAGGUCCACGCGAACUGCCCGACCUGCGCUCGCAUUCUGCACACCCGCUGGGUCGAGAUCGUGACCCUCGAGCACCAGUGGAUGCACGAGCGCGGCACUUGCGGCUGCGAUGUUGUGUUCCCCGCUCUGCAGCAGCCCCGCGUCGUCGGGAAGGUCAGGCUAGAUCGAGGCAGUGGCGAUAAGAACGGCUCUUCGAACUCUGACGAUCCCCACGUUCCCCAGCAGGGCAGUCGCGAUGGACAUGGUGAUGAUGCCCCAGGUGCUACAGAGUACCCACCACGCUGCGGACCGACCGGCCCCGAUGCUCAGCACACCCUCCACGGACCCGCGGGCUCUUCCGGCGAGAACGGUAGCCGGGGCAGGCGCUGGCAGAAGCGCAACAGAGUCAAGCGCAAGAACCAGAAGGAUGUCCAAGCAGACCUGCACGCUCGGUCCAAGCCUAAGGAUGUCAAGGAAGACUCCAGCAUCAAGAGCUACCCCGCCAAGAAGCCGCACGCGCUGGCGUGGAACAGCUGCGUUCUCUCGCCCUUGAUCGAGGUAAGCGAGCCAAGCUCGACUGGCAAGCCACCAAAGACGACCAUUACGGUCCGCCUGUCGUCCCAGUACGGCGCCGAAUGGAUCCCAGAGCACGCCGCGCUGCACGCGGCCGGCAAGUGCCACUGCCCCGUGCGAUUCGAGACGUACAAGCCGCACAUGCUCACUGCGGAGGACAUCGCCGAGUUCGCCCCCGACUGGAAGCCGGACGCGCCGAUCAGGGCGCUGCAGAGGGCGAGCCCCCGGAGCACCGACGUCAUGAUCUGGCGAAUCAACGAGGAUGCUUCCGCCGCGAAGCAGAUCGAUUGGCCUACCAAGAUGGAGGAGUUUGGCUUCAAGAGCGUGGCCGAGGCCGAGGCCUGGCUGGAAGCCACGAGGGCUGGGGCAACGCCCAGCGGGGCGCUUGCGGAGGAGAACUUCGGUCAGCUGCCACCUGGUGUGCCGGGUAUGCCCAUAUUCGAUGAUCUCGGCAACCUCCAGUAUCCCAUGAUCGCAUAUGGCUACGAUCCGACUCAGGUCAUGCCAAUGCACACUGCACACCCGCCCACCGCGAGUCGUGAGCGGGCAUGGUCAUUGACGCAGCAUGAGUCACCGGCCACUGAAUUAUCGAUCGCUGCAACGCCUGGUCAGCCAAUCUACCAUCAGCAUCAUGGUCUCGCGUUAGUCGGUUGGCCGCUUGGUGCCGGGCCUGAAGGCGGCAUAGAGAACUCACAUUCGCCGGCUUGGAACAUGUGUCAGCUCUCACGUCCGGCAUUGAAGAGAUGCAAGUCAUGCCCAGCAUUAGAGAACUCCAGGAUAAGAACUCCGUAG